GUCAAACAGACGGUCAUGACGUACGUGUACGGCGUAACGAUGAUGGGUGCACGCGAGCAAAUUGAGAAUCGUCUUGAAGAGCGGGGCUGGACAAAUGAACGCGAGCGGCGGAAGGUGGCCAGCUACCUGUCUCGCAUCAUCUUCGAGUCCAUGGGGGAGGUGUUCGGUCCCGUGGUGGCGCUGAGGGCCUGGCUGGAUGACUGCGCCAAGUUCGCCGUGUCCUCGGGUCAGCCGGUCUGUUGGACGAGUCCGUUGGGAUUUCCCAUCGAGCAGCCGUACAGGAAGUUGCCAACCGUACAAGUAUGGACACCCCUGCAGGUUUGUAUCACACUGCGUGACUACCGCCGAGAGUCGGCGGCCCCCGUGGACCCUCGCCGACAGCGUAACGGCUUCCCGCCCAAUUACAUACACUCCCUGGAUAGCGCGCAUAUGAUGAUGACGGCGCUGGCUGUACGACGGGCCGGCGGAGUCUUUGCUGCCGUACACGACAGCUUCUGGACGCACGCC